GUGACUAUCUCUGGUCGUAAGCUCUGCAUAAGGACACCCCUACACCUACUCUGUUCUGUUUUAGCUCUGUUCUUCUCUCUACUCCAUAGACAAGUAGUACUUCCUACAUACUAAAUACUUGUCACGUAUCUCCACCUCUCUCUCUCUCUCUUUCACAGUCUCUCAAUGUAUAGACCAGAGACCAGAGAGGGAGACCUAAUAGAGUACAGGUACAGGGGAACUUCAAAAAUAGAUUCAAAUCUAAGAAGCUCAAUCUAUUAUUCUUCAUCAAAAAGAUAUCAUUUUGCGUAGAGAAUAAACCCCCCAUCCCCAUUACUUCAAAAUGCUAAAAAAUCUUCUCAUCACUCUGUUUCUUCUCUCUUUAUUUACUGCUAGUCUUUCUUCUUCAUCAUCAGUGAGUAACAAGAAGAGUGCCAAAGUACUGCCUCAUGAUGCUGUGUCCAUUCUUUCUUUUAAAUCUACUUCCGAUUUGAACAACAAUCUUCAUUUCCCUGUAAACAACAGAUCAACCAACCAUUGUCAAUGGGUAGGAGUAAAAUGUGCUCAAGGAAGAGUAGUUCGUUUUGUAAUAGAAGGGUUUAAUCUUGGUGGAUAUUUUGGGUUUAAUACAUUAACUCGCUUAGAUCAACUCAGAGUUUUAAGCUUACGGAAUAACUCACUUUCUGGACCGAUUCCUGAUCUUUCUGGCUUAGUAAAUCUUAAAUCUCUCUUCUUACAUCAUAACUCAUUUUCUGGUGUUUUCCCUCCUUCAAUCUUAUCUCUUCAUAGGUUAAGAACCUUAGAUCUUUCUUACAAUAACCUUUCUGGUUUAAUUCCACCCAAGAUAACCGGUCUGGAUCGGUUGUAUUAUCUUAGACUCGAGUGGAAUCAUUUCAAUGGGUCGGUUCCUCCGUUAAACCAAUCUUCUCUUCAAAUCUUCAACGUCUCCGGCAAUAAUCUUGCCGGUCCAAUACCCAUUACUGCCGCACUAUCCCGUUUUCACUCAUCAUCAUUUUCAUGGAAUCCAGGGCUCUGUGGAGAGAUGUUGAAUAAAGAUUGUCAUUCUAAUGCACCUUUUUUCAGGUCUUCACCAAUAGCUCCAGAACCAUCAGGAAAUGACCAAAGCCAGCAAUUAUCAGGGCUGCUUCUUCCUUCUUCAUCAUUUUCUCAUAAACACAAGAAACCCAUUUUGAUUAUAGGGGUUUCAAUUGCAGCAUUGGUAUUUCUUGGAACAAUUUUAGUAUUUUUACUAGGCAUUAAAAGAAGAAGCAAACAGAGGGUUUCAGUAUCAUCACCACCUGAGUUAGUCAAUUAUCCGAAUGACGAUGGAGUAAUAAUGAGAGUGGAAGAAGAUAAUCAUAUAUUACAGACAAAAGUGAAAGAAAUGCAGAAGAUUCAGCUGGGGAAAAGUGGGAGUUUGAUAUUCUGUGCCGGUGAAAAUCAAGUUUACAGUUUGGAACAGUUGAUGAGAGCUUCAGCUGAAAUGCUUGGAAGAGGUUCAAUUGGUACUACAUAUAAAGCUGUUUUAGAUAAUCAGCUGAUUGUUACUGUUAAAAGACUUGAUGUUGUUAAAACAUCAAAAGCUAGUAAAGAAAUGUUUGAACAUCAUAUGGAAUCAGUUGGUGUUUUAAGACACCCAAAUCUUGUUCCUCUCAGAGCUUAUUUUCAAGCUAAAGAUGAAAAGCUUCUCAUUUAUGAUUAUCAACCUAAUGGCAGCCUCUUCUCUUUAAUCCAUGGUUCAAGAUCAACAAGAUCAAAGCCGUUGCAUUGGACAUCAUGUUUAAAAAUAGCUGAGGAUGUUGCACAAGGAUUGUCUUACGUUCACCAAGCAUCAAGACUACUUCAUGGAAACCUGAAAUCGUCGAAUGUACUACUAGGUGCUGAUUUUGAAGCUUGUCUUACUGAUUAUUGCCUUUCGGUGCUUGCCGAUUCCUUGGAUGAUCAAGAUUCAGCUGGGUACAAAGCACCUGAGAUUCGAAAUGCUGGUUCUCAACCAACCACCAAGUCUGAUGUUUACGCAUUCGGUAUUCUUUUACUAGAACUUCUUACUGGCAAACCUGCAUUGAAUUUAUAUCAUCUUCCUACUGAUCUUCAAAAUUGGGUUGGGGCUGAAAGAGAAUUUGAAGGUGGUGAUGAAAAUCGGCUUUGGAUGCUUCUUGAAUUAGCUACUGCUUGUAGUAAGACAUCCCCGGAACAAAGACCCUCAAUGUGGCAAGUCAUCAAGAUGAUUCAAGAGAUCAAGGAAAAUGUUGUAAGGGAAGAUAGCGAAUCGAUGAACCCAACCAAUAGGUUUCCUUAGUAUUAAUUAGUCUGUUCUUUUAAGUUUAAUUUACCUCUUAACACAAGUAGUCUUCUUGUUUAUCCUAUCUUCUUCGACUGUAUGGAAGAAAAAGAAAGAAAUUUUGAGGUAGUUUGAACUGCAUCUUUGGAACCAUUUCUUUGUUGAAAAAACAUACGAGAGGUUGGACGGUGGGAUUCACCACAUAAAUGUUGGUUCUCGAAUAUUAAAUACCAUUUCAUCCAUUAGAUCAUCUGUCAUAUUCACAACCUCGGACUAAUGCGAACAGGCUCAGUGAGCGAAGACACCGAGUUAAACAGGUGCUGUAAGAAGCAUAAACUGAAGAUUAGCUUCAUGGUCGCUGUUGUGGCGUUGUCUUGCCGAGCUAGGUAGCACCUCUUGACAGAAAAGCCUUAACGCCCUCUCGAAUCUGUUCCGUCCUCCACCAAGAAUCAAGCAAAGUCUGAAUAUGAAGAGCGAAGAAGAAUUAGAUACAACGUCGCAAAUCCUUGGGAGUUGUCUAGCCAGAGGUAGAUAUAAAUUGAAUGGCCACAAUAGCGGACUUAGUCUGAACAAGUCGAAGAAUCUGAAUUUUGUGACUGUCAAUAGAUGGAUCAUCAGCAUCGCCGGCAUCUUCGAUUAAGUCGA